UGGAAGUGUAUGCACCAUGCGCGCCCUGAACGUGAAGUCUGGAGACGCAUGGCGUAAAGAGGAGCGGCUUGAUUCCGUCCAAUGAGAGAACGGCUGAAGUUAUUAUUUUAAAACGUCAGACAGCUGCGUGGUGUAAAUAGGCCCUGAAUCUAGAACAAUCUGACGAGGUUUUCCACGGUAAGACAUUUUUAAGAUAUUCUACGACAAUCCAAUAAAUGUGUUGAAGCCUGUCUUCAGCAAACCAAAAUGCAUAAAAAUGACUGUAGCCUGUAUAUAUUUCUGCCCCAUUGAAUCGUCUGUAGACUGUCGCAUGUAUAUAUUUCUGCCCCAUUGAAUCGUCUGUAGACUGUCGCAUUUAUAUAUUUCUGCCCCAUUGAAUCGUCUGUAGACUGUCGCCUGUAUCCAUUUCUGCCCCCAUUGAAUCGUCUUUAGCUUAUUGGUAGAUGUGCUCUAGUAGAUUAAAGUAAACGUUAUAAAGUCGUAGAUUCAAUACACAUGAAUAAUGCAAGGUUGAAUUGAUCCUAGGUUGACGUGUGUUUUUCCCCCAGAUGGCCAUGUCUCUGGCUGACAGAGCUCUAGGAGCCAUCAUUGGAUCAGCUGUAGCCGACGCAGCAGGUAAUGGACCCACAAUACUGAAUGAAUCAUAAAACUGUAAUACAAAUCUUUGGCUUUACUGUAUAAAUAGCCUGGCUUUUGUAUAAAUGUGGAGUUUUUUUCUUUUUCUUGACCAACGAUCUGAGCAGGAAAAAACUCCAGGUGCUAUAGUUCAAGCCUGUCAACAGGGCCCAGUUUUUACACAUUUUUUUUUCUUCUAUAAUGUUGUUGGAAUUUGGGUUUAUAGAGCUCAUCACAUGGUCACAUGGUCACUUAAACUGUGUCAUUGUAUUCAGCAUCAGCAUGUAGUAACUCUUUUGAAUAAUGUUGAAAACCUGCACUGUCCCAUACAGCCCAGCAAAUUUUUUAAGGGUAAAAUUAUACAAGAUACACAUAAUAUCUUGGGUCCCCUGUAGCUCAGUUGGUAGAGCAUGGCGUUUUCAACGCCAGGGUUGUGGGUUCGAUUCCUAUGGAGGAGGGAGGGGGGGGGGGCAGUAUGAAAAAUGUAUGCACUCCCUAAACUGUAAGUCGCUCUGGAUAAGAGCGUCUGCUAAAUGACUAAAAUGUCAAAUGUAAUAAUAAACACAUAUUUUACUUUGGCCAUAAGCUUCCCUUCAAAAUGUUUUGGUGUAUGACAUGACGCCACUCUGUCUGUCAACCCCACCCCAGCCCAGCCCCUGCACUGGGUGUACGACUUGGAUAAGUUGGAUGUCUUCCUGAAUGAGGCCCCUACACCCGAAUUCAGGCCCAAGUCAGCCAACCCUUUCUACCGCCGUGACACGGGCAACCAGAGCUGCUAUGGGGACCAGGCCUUCGUGUUGCUGGAAUCACUGUCUGAAUGUGGAGGUAGUUAACGGUUCUAUUCUAGUGUAGUUAGUUGGAAUCACUGUCUGUCUGAAUGUGGAGGUAGUUAACGGUUCUAUUCUAGUAUUGUGUGGCACUUUAUGCAGCUGUGUAACUAACAGUUCUCUUAACCCCAAACUAUUCCUUAGCCACAUAAAUUCUCAUUGUUUUGUUCCCAUUUCUUCAGGUCUGAACGUCGAUGAUCUGAGGAAGAGGACGUAUAACUUCUUUGGGCCCAGGUCGGAGUAUGACACCCCUGUCAAUGACCCGUACAGGGAUAGGAGUGGUAAGGAAACCCGCUGAUGAAGGCUGACAAUAAUGAAUACACUCCAUUCAGGAUGACAUGGUGGAUAAAUAUAGUUGGAUCUAAAAUUCAACAAACAUGACAGGACUGUGAGCAUGUAUUUUUAGGCUGUGGAUAUCCGACCAGCAGAUCCCUAACCUUAACCCUUGCUUUACCCUCACCCUAACCUCCCCCUUUCCCCUAUGUCAGGGAAACUGGCCCCUAACCAUGCAUGUUAAUGAUUGUCAAAAAGCUGAAAACCAACGUAAUUGUUGUAUUCCUGAAAUGUGUUUUUGUGUGUGUAAUGUAAGGACCCAGACCUCAGCUGCCCAUUGAGGGACCAUGGAGACAUGCAAGUAUAAAGAGCUUCAUGAAAAAUAUGGACGCAGGCAAGGAAGAAACAGGUAAACAAUAAUAAUAACAACAACAACAACAUUAUGCGUAAACGAUUAGUUACUGGAGUGUAACUCCAGUUCUAUGAGUGGAGCGGAGCCCCAUAGGGGAGCUCUGCUCCUAUUGGUUUACCCUCUGCCCUAAGGCAGCAUCAGCCUGAGACAAAAUUAUGCACACACCUGCAGCCAAUAGGAGUACAGGUGUCCCUAUAAGAGGGGAUGCCUCCCCUCAAUCUGCCUCCCGAGAUAUUUAUCUUCAGCGAGACUAGAGAGGGUCGGCAGGGCCUUAAGUCCUAUGGGGCUCCGCUCCACUCAUAGAACUGGAGUUACACUCCGGUAACUAAUCGUUCUAUAUCGUGGAGCUCCGCCCCAUAGGGGAGCUCUGCUCCUGUUGGUUUAAGGCGGAGCGUAGCGCUCUAAAAUGUACUCCCUGCCGAGCCCAACACUUCCCAUCGAAACGAAAAGGUCAGGCCUAGCAAUGGCUGCGACCAAGUCCCGCAGUACUGCAACUAAAAACCCAUACGGGCGUCACAAUAUACCGCGUCAUCGGUUAAAGACCCGCCCCACCUAGUCCAAUGGCAAUGCCAAUGACUAGUGGGCAGAUCACCAGAAUAGAAGCCAUACUAAUCUGUACUAGCAGAUAGAUGUGCCUCAAUAUCCUGUGAAAACACUACCGACCACUAAUGGAAUGACACAAAGUGUCACUCUACAUUGUGAACGCGGUAGACCGCCUCACUCACUCAAUGGAAUCCCAGAGAUUAGUGGGCAGGAACAAAAUAUGGGUCAUACUAAAACUGAACAAGCAGAUAGAUGACCUCACAUUCUGUCAAUCAACGCAUGCCUCUACUGUACUGAACCUGUCAGUCAGGAGUCAUGCCACAAAAUGUUUUCUUAUCCAAAGCGGACCUGAUGGAAACCUUAUCCAUAGUCCUGCUUUUUUCUCUCUUCCUAGCUCAAGAUCUCCCUUCAGCUAUGCUGAGUACAGACCGAGCCAAAGAGUUAGAAAACACAUCUAAGAGAUAGAAACGGAUAAAUGGAGACUGCGUCGACCAGAAUGCUGCUCUUCAGAUAUCCUCUACCCCUGUUCCUCUAAAAAGGGCAGUAGAAGCCGCUACUCCACGAGUGGAGUGAGCUCUGAUACCCUGAGGCAAUUGCCGCCCCGCUGCCUCAUAAGCUGUCUCAAUGCCUUCACAAAGCCAGUGAGACAACCGCUGUUUUGAAAGUGGUUUACCUAGUGCAGCCGCACCGUGACACACAAACAACUGAGGCGAUGACCUAAUCGCUGCUGUGCGCUCGACGUAACACGCCCAAACGCGUACCGGGCACAGGCGAUGGAGCUUUUCCUCACUCCUCUCUCUAUGAGGAGGAGGAGAAAAAGCCCACAGCUCCACGGUCUGUGACCUAUAUGAACUCUUAAUAACCUUCGGCACAAAUGCCGGGUUAGGACGUAACACUGCUCUGCUCAGGUCACCAUUGAUGGCCAGGCAGUCAGGUCUCGUCGAAAAAGCACACAAAUCACUGACCCGCUUAGCUGUAGUCAAAGCGAGCAACAGUGCUGUCUUAAUAGACAGCAUCUUGAGGGGUAUUUGAUUCAAUGGCUCGAACGGCGACUUACAUAGCGCUUCGAGUACCAAAGCCAAAUCCCACUGAGGAAGCGUGACUCUAGGUGUUGACCUAAGUCGCCGCGUUCCUAAUAGGAAGCGUUUCACUAGAGGGUGGCUAAAGACAUUGUCUCUGCCAAACCCCUCAUGACAAGCUGAAAUCGCUGCUGCAAACACCCUAAUAGUGGCAGGCGAUUUUUGCUUAUCAAACAUGAGCUGUAGAAAAGAGAGAAUACUCUCCACCUGACAGCUCAUGGGGUCUACACCUUGUGUGACACACCAUCGUGAAAACACGUUCCAUCUACUGGCAUACAUCUUAGAAGUGGAACUGGCACGUGAACCCUGUAUGGUCCUGAUCACUGCAUCAGAUAACCCACGGCGCUCUAGCCUGUCCCUCUCAGCAGCCAGGCCUUCAGUGGUUGGCCGAUUAUGGGCAAUUUCCCUAUCGUGCCUCCCGCCUGAGACAACGCGUCCCGUCGAUGUGGAAUUGGCCAAGGUGGCGCAAUCAACAUCUGACUCAUCUCCGCAAACCAAGGAGUCCCCGGGCGAUCGGGCGCUAUCAGUAUCACUGACAGCCCCCUUGACCUCACCCUGGCUAGCAGUGGGAGAAUGCAGGACAGCGGAGGGAAUGCAUACAGGAGAACUCUCGGCCACGGUUGGUGCGCAAAGGCGUCCCUUCCCAGUGGCGGUUCGUCCUGUUCCCUCAGAGAGAACCACAGAGGACAUUGCGCGUUCACGCGUGACGCGAAUAGGUCCACCUCGGCUCUCCCGAAUUGUUCCCAAAUCUGGAGAACAAUGUCCGGAUGCAGACACCACUCGUCGUCUCGAGGACCCCCUCUUGACAUGAGGUCUGCUCCUACGUUCAAGUAGCCCGGAAUGUGUGCUGCUCUCAAUGAGCGAAGGUGCUCGUGAGCCCACAGCCACAAUUCCUCUGCCGCCCGAUGGAGAGCAGGAGACCUGACUCCUCCCUGGCGAUUUAUGUGAGCUACUGUGGUCCGGUUGUCUGACCAGACCAGCACAUCGCGACCCCGAAGGGUAGACGCGAAGUCGGUCAGAACCAGUCGAACCGUUUCCAACUCCAAGAGGUUGAUAUGACGACCUGAUUGAUGCCACACACCUCCUAUCGCUUGGGUCUGACAUGUCCCUCCCCAUCCCGUCAGGGACGCAUCCGUGAAUACUGGGAUGUGAGAGGACACCUUCCUAUCGGGACUCCGUGCGUGAGAACGCACGGGUUUCUCCAAUAGUUCAGAUCUGCACUGAGCGAGAGGGGAACCACCACCAACCGAUGACGUUGACGCAAUGGGUCUAGUCUUGGUUGGGCGAACCAUCGCUGCAUCCUGCGCAUAUGCAGGAGUCCCAGCGGAACCACAGAGUGGGCUGACGACAUGAGACCCAAAAGUGACAUGAUCGACAGCGCCGUCACCGUGUGAUUCGGACGACACUUCCUCAGGGCUAGCAACAAGGCUACCCUUCGGGGGUCCGAAAUUCGAGCCCUCAUCCUCACAGUGUCUAGCUGUAUCCCCAGGUAGACAAUCUGAUGGGUGGGCCAGGGCGCGCUCUUUUUCCAAUUCACAGCAAACCCCAGACUUGUGAGAUGCAUCACUGUCUGUGUUGUGUGAGUGAUCGCCAGCUCUGCUGACGGGGCGAGAACCAGUAGAUCGUCCAGGUAGGCUAGUAGCCGUAUUCCCUGACGACGCAACGGUUCCAAUGCCGCCUCCACACACUUGGAAAAUGUGCGAGGUGCCAGGGCGUACCCAAAUGGCAUCCUCGUGUAUUCGUACGCCACCCCUUGAAAGGCGAACCGCAGAAACUUCCUGUGACGCGGCUGAACCGGCACAUGAAAGUACGCGUCCUUUAGGUCUAUGCUCGUACAAAAGUCCCCUCUCUGGACACAUUCCAGCAGACGUUUUGUCGUUAGCAUUCGGAAGGGCCGUUUGGUUAUGCUCUCGUUGAGAAUGCGUAAGUCCAAAAUCGGCCUCACUCCCCCCGUCUUUUUGGGCACUAGGAAAUAAGGCGAAUAUAGCCCUUUGUUCCUUUGCUCCCGGGGAACUACUGUCACCGCCUCCUUCGCCAAAAGUUCCGUAAUCUCUGUCAUCAGAGCGGCCACUUUGUCUGGCGUUUUCAUCACCGUCUCCACCACUCCCCUGAACGGGGGUGGGGUCCGGUGGAAUUGGAGAGCAUAACCCUUCUGCAACGUCUGUUCUAGCCAGCGUGAGAGGGUGCAGCUUCUUCGCCACUGCCAGCAAUGCAGAGAAAGCGGCUGAGCACGAAGCUGUGGUGCAUCCAGUAGGAAGGACCUGUAUUCCUCUAUGGCCCUUGCCGCCGCUGUUCUCCAACACUGAGGUGGUGGAACAGCCCAAGGCGGGCCUCCCAAGAAAGGGAGAGGAAACAUUAGUGCGUUCUGAACCAAAAGGGGGUCAGAAACGUCAGUUAAACCUGUAACCGUCGUAUUCCUGUCCUCCGUGAACGCAACGUGGGUCUGAAUUGCACUGACCGAGGCCACAGCCUGCGACAGGGCACCAUCCCCAGCAAGCGAUUGCGUCAUCGUAGGUGACUGCAAACCGUUAUUAGAGCCACUCACUACAAUACUCCUCGAAGUCUGUAAUACGAGGUCUCUAUGAGGUAACACAAGGCGGCGCCUUGAUACCGUUUUACCCUUCACCUUCUGUGUGUGUUCAACUCUGCACCUCUGGUGGGUUGAGUCACGCUCAGUGUGGUGAGUAUUAGCGCGUUCAAAGGAAAGUGGGGGCGCCGAUACAUUGGGCACCUUCAUGACCGUGGUAAUCGGGCCCUCCGUGAACGCAGCAUGGGUCUGAAUCGCACUAACCGAGACCUUAGUCUGCAAUAGUGCGCCAUCCCCAACUAGCGGCUGCGUCAUCAUGUCUCCUGACUGAGACUGCAGCCUGCUAUGAGAGGCACUCACUACAGUACUCCUUGGAGUCUGUAAUGUGAGGUCUCUUUGAGAUAAACCAAGACGGCGUCUAGGUAUUAUUCCUCCUUUCACCUCCUGUGUGCGUUCAGCUCUGCACCUCUGGUGGGCUGAACUACACUCAGUGUGGUGAGCCUGGGCGUGUUCAGAAAAAGGUGGGGGUGCCGAUACACUGGGGACCUUCGUGACCGUGGUAAUCGGGCCCUUCUUGAACGCAGUCUGGGUCGUACUAACAGAGACCUUAGUCUGUGAUAGUGCGCCAUCCCCAAUGUGGUUAUUAUCAGCGCGUUCUGAGAGAAACGGGGGCGCCGAUACGUUGGUUACGCCCGUAACCGUAGUAAUCAGGCCCUCCGUGAACGCAGCACGGGUCUGAACUGCACUGACUGAGGCGUUAGCCUGAGACAGAGCGCCGUCCCGAAUAGCGGUCGUGUCAUCAUGCCAUUAUCUGGCUGAGACUGCAGCCUGCUAUGUGAGACACUCACUACAGUCUGUAAAGUGAGGUCUUUAUAAGGUACACUUAAUACCUUUUAUAUACCUGCCUUAUGUGUGCGUUCAGCAACGCACCAUGGUGGGCUGAGCUGCACUCAUAGUGGUGAGAGCGAGAGUGAGGAAGGUCGAACGCUCUCGGAUGUAUUAUGGAAAAGGGGCUCUUUUUUGACAGUGUCAAGUAGAGCCAACUCUUUAUUACACACAUCAACAAAAAACAUUCUCCUCCAUACACUCAACGGUAGGGUGGGGGGGGGGACAGUGGGCUCGGUCACAGCAGGCGCUGCGCCGUCUUCCGUUCUCUCCCCCUCGCCUGUCAUAAACGGCGUCUCUUCUGGCCGCCCUUCGGGUGAUGCCAGGAUGACUCUUUAAUGACCUCUCUCGCCGGCACCUCUGGCGCUGCAGGGGGGGCGAGGCCCGCUCCCUUGCUGCUGGAGGCCGCCGUCUGACGCCAAGCUGUAGCGAGAGUAACGGCCGCCCUUCCUCAUAUCCACUUCCGGGUUGGAGGGAAUGGGGGGCAGCUUAAUCUCCCGCUGUUUAGCAGCCCACUCAAUGAGACCUGAAAAUUCAGAGCACAGAGAGGCUGUGGCGUCAUCAUCCAGGGAUGUAAUGACCUCACAAUUUCCGAAGGAAAAGGGGUGUUAAACAUCUGGGUCAGUGUAAUGAAUUGUUCCAAUAGAAUAUUCAUUUCUUCCCCAAUAGCCCUGUCAUCUCCUGAGUCAGCGCCUUCAGAUGAUGCCUCAGAAGCUGAGACUAACACUGAUAGCACAUCCUCAAGAGGAAUAUCCUCCCUAAAAAUGCCCAACGCUGCUUCCACUCCUUCAAAAAAGGAGGGCGCAGCUGGCGCAUAGUGGGGGAUUAAUGAGGCCGUCCCUGGCGUGCUGUGUCCCUCGACCCACGAAACAUAUGUCGGGGGGGGGGGGGUGACAGCCGCCAAGGGGAACAGCGACAUUGAGCUCUGAAAAGAGCUUUUGUUAAAUACUUACCCUAUGGAUAAGCUUGGUGUGCUCAUUGUAGGACGACGUCGAUGAUCUGGAAAAUCGACGGCGUUUUCUUCGUCCUGAGUCGUCUCUUCUUGGCUUCUUCAGUCUAGUCCAGUCGCUGAAGAUAAAGGGAGGCAGAUUGAGGGGAGGCAUCCCCUCUUAUAGGGACACCUGUACUCCUAUUGGCUGCAGGUGUGUGCAUAAUUUUGUCUCAGGCUGAUGCUGCCUUAGGGCAGAGGGUAAACCAAUAGGAGCAGAGCUCCCCUAUGGGGCGGAGCUCCACGAUAUAGAACUAUACUAUACAUAAGCGAUCUAUGUAAAAAAUUUAAAAAAUAAUAGCCUUACCAGCUCUAAUUUUGAAUAAUGUCUCUCUGGUCUUCCUCCAGGAUGUGAGACGGACUUUCAGCCGGAUGGGAUAGCGAAGCUGGCUCCGAUCGUGGCGUUGUACGCUGGGAAGCCUGACCUGCUGGAGAAGGUAGAGGAGGCUGUCCGAGUCACACAGAACAACGACGCCUGUGUGGCUGAGACGCUGGCAGCAGCAAGGUCCGUUUCCUGUGUAUAAAGGACGCAUGCUGUACGGUAUGGACAGGUAUCGUGACAUGGCGAUAACAGUGUAAGAGUUGUGAGUUCAGGUGGGCCUUCACGCUUCAGCAAACAAAGGAAAGGAGGGGUGUUCAACAACAAGGAUGUGUUGGUCUGACCAAGAGGACUAGGUAGAGGUAGAAUGGACUCAACAAAAGAAAGCAGAGACUUAUGUAUUUUUGCUCACUUUUAAUCCGUUGUACAGGAUGAGAACAGAUGACCGAUGUUUCGACGUCAAGCUGACGGUUUCCUCAUUCUAAUAGCUCUGCAAUAACUCUCUCAACCACAACUUUGAGGUUGUUUUUAUUAUGGUCUGUUGAAAUGUUAAAGAAAAGGAUAUUCCCACCAAAUGUCUUGUUGCGUUCCGGAUUGAAAAUGACUUGAUGUAAAGGGGACACAUUAUACACAGAGCCUAACACAAAAUGACAAACCCAAUAACUCUGGUUAUUUGGUUUAAAACCCACAUGGCUUUUUGUUUUUUUUUUCCGUUCCAGGAUCCUGGAGCAUUUCAUCCUGAACGGUCCUGAUGCGAAUGUCCUGGAUUCUGUUCUUGAUCAGCUCACUGACCCGAACAGGAAACAGCCACAGGACCUGGACAAAGCCGUGGUUGGUAUGUGACUCACUGACUGGGAGGCCCACCCUGGCCUGUGUCCCAAUAAUCAGUCCUUUCUCUUAAAGUGUGCACUCGUCCACUACUCUCCACAGUAAAUCUAAAAGCAGUAAAUUGGUUUAGGCAUGGGCCAGAGGAAGGUUCCACCCCGUCUUAUACUGGUCAUUUCCUUUUAAAUCCAUGAAGGAAAGUGCACACUUUGGAAGAAAGGACAGAUUAUUGAGACGCAGGCCCAGAGGCUCCACUACUGCUUCACUACACCCACGUCACGUGACAGGGGCAUGGAAGGAUGUAAUGCAAGGCCUUUUAUCUCUUUUAUUUCCUGUUCACUUAUUGGCCGGGGGAACAGGGACAUGUUAGAAGUUGUAACAGAAGGAGUGUUGGCAAAGCAGUAAACAAAUAUCUAAUUUAAUUAUGCUGUUUUAAAUAAUUUUGCAUUUUAAAAGCCCUAAACCUUUAUUACAAUAUGUUUGCAUCCUGUACGAAUAGUUACCAAGAAAAAAGUAAUUAUAUUAGAAUAGAUAGCAAGCUUCUCACAAUAAAGAUACAGUGGAGAGAACAAGUAUUUGAUACACUGCCGAUUUUGCAGGUUUUCCUACUUACAAAGCAUGUAGAGGUCUGUCAUUUUUAUCAUAGGUACACUUCAACUGUGAGAGACGGAAUCUAAAACAAAAAUCCAGAAAAUCACAUUGUAUGAUUUUUAAGUAAUUAAUUUGCAUUUCAUUGAAUGACAUAAGUAUUUGAUGCAUCAGAAAAGAAGAACAUAAUAUUUGGUACAGAAACCUUUUUCUGCAAUUACAGAGAUCAUACGUUUCCUGUAGGUCUUGACCAGGUUUGCACACACUGCAGCAGGGAUUUUGGCCCACUCCUCCAUACAGACCUUCUCCAGAUCCUUCAGGUUUCGGGGCUGUCGCUGGGCAAUACGGACUUUCAGCUCCCUCCAAAGAUUUUCUAUUGGGUUCAGGUCUGGAGACUGGAUAGGCCACUCCAGGACCUUGAGAUGCUUCUUACGGAGCCACUCCUUAGUUGCCCUGGCUGUGUGUUUCGGGUCGUUGUCAUGCUGGAAGACCCAGACACGACCCAUCUUCAAUGCUCUUACUGAGGGAAGGAGGUUGUUGGCCAAGAUCUCGCGAUACAUGGCCCCAUCCAUCCUCCCCUCAAUACGGUGCAGUCGUCCUGUCCCCUUUGCAGAAAAGCAUCCCCAAAGAAUGAUGUUUCCACCUCCAUGCUACACGGUUGGGAUGGUGUUCUUGGGGUUGUACUCAUCCUUCUUCUUCCUCCAAACACGGCGAGUGGAGUUUAGACCAAAAAUCUAUAUUUUUGUCUCAUCAGACCACAUGACCUUCUCCCAUUCCUCCUCUGGAUCAUCCAGAUGGUCAUUGGCAAACUUCAGACGGGCCAGGACAUGCGCUGGCUUGAGCAGGGGGACCUUGCGUGCGCUGCAGGAUUUUAAUCCAUGACGGCGUAGUGUGUUACUAAUGGUUUUCUUUGAGACUGUGGUCCCAGCUCUCUUCAGGUCAUUGACCAGGUCCUGCCGUGUAGUUCUGGGCUGAUCCCUCACCUUCCUCAUGAUCAUUGAUGCCCCACGAGGUGAGAUCUUGCAUGGAGCCCCAGACCGAGGGUGAUUGACCGUCAUCUUGAACUUCUUCCAUUUUCUAAUAAUUGCGCCAACAGUUGUUGCCUUCUCACCAAGCUGCUUGCCUAUUGUCCUGUAGCCCAUCCCAGCCUUGUGCAGGUCUACAAUUGUAUCCAUGAUGUCCUUACACAGCUCUCUGGUCUUGGCCAUUGUGGAGAGGUUGGAGUCUGUUUGAUUGAGUGUGUGGACAGGUGUCUUUUAUACAGGUAAAGAGUUCAAACAGGUGCAGUAAAUACAGGUAAUGAGUGGAGAACAGGAGGGCUUCUUAAAGAAAAACGAACAGGUCUGUGAGAGCCGGUAUUCUUACUGGUUGGUAGGUGAUCAAAUACUUAUGUCAUGCAAUAAAAUGCAAAUUAUUUACUUAAUCAUACAAUGUGAUUUUCUGGAUUUUUGUUUUAGAUUCUGUCUCUCACAGUUGAAGUGUACCUAUGAUAAAAAAUUACAGACCUCUACAUGCUUUGUAAGUAGGAAAACCUGCAAAAUCGGCGGUGUAUCAAAUACUUGUUCUCCCCACUGUAUGUAAUGAUCUAACACAUCUCUUAUCAAUUCUACUCUGUUUUUAGGCCACAUUUACCAGGUGAGGGAGAAUCUGACCAAGGCUCACCAGGAUCUGAUCCCCAGUGUGUUCCCCAACAGCUGAGGUCAGCUAUGUCAUCUCAGAUAACACUCAUUCCCUAACAACACAAGUUCACUUUUAACUGAACCUGUUUUUGAUGUUUUAUUUUUGGGAAUAUGAAAUCUAAACUGAAUUCAACGACGGUUGUUCAGCCUGUCUUGGUCUCAGUCUGUCAGUUGUGUGGGUUUACUGAUCGGGUUGGGUAUUGUACGGUUUCAAUCUUCUAGGUUUGCCCGGUGCGUUCCAAGCAGCGCUUCAUGGGGUCCUGACGGCUAAGGAGUUUGACCAGGCUAUCAGGGACACCAUGGUCUGCGGGGGGUGCACCUGCAGCAGGAGCUCAUUCAUCGGGGCCUGUCUAGGGGCUCAGGUAACUAUGGACACUAUUAAACAGGGCUUUACCUGGUCAGGUAACAAUGGACACUAUUAAACAGGGCUUUACCUGGGCAGGUAACUAUGGACACUCACACUAGUCUUUUCUUGCAACCGCUGACUUUGCUUACUAUGACUGUGCAAUGCGGUUGUCUCGCUUAGUUACCUUAAGAUGAAUGCACUAAGCGUAAGGGCAAGAGCAUCUGCUAAAUGACUACAAUGUAAAAAUAAAAUAAAAUCAAAUUUUAUUGGUCACAUGCGCCGAAUACAACAGGUGCAGACAUUACAGUGAUGUCAUAAACUGUAAUGUAUCAGGGCUCAAGUAUGGAACACUAUAACUAGGACCUAACUAACUUUGGAUCUCUCCUGGAUGUUCUGGUGACUUACUGAUAUGACUCAAGUAACUAUGGACACUAUCAAACAGGGCUUUACCUGGUCAGGUAACUAUGGACACUAUAUUAAACAGGGCUUUACCUGGUCAGGUAACUAUGGACACUAUAUCAAACAGGGCUUUACCUGGUCAGGUAACUAUGGACACUAUAUUAAAUAGGGCUUUACCUGGUUAGGUAACUAUGGACACUAUUAAACAGGGCUUUACCUGGUCAGGUAACUAUGGACACUAUUAAACAGGGCUUUACCUGGUCAGGUAACUAUGGACACUAUUAAACAGGGCUUUACCUGGUCAGGUAACUAUGGACACUAUCAAACAGGGCUUUACCUGGUCAGGUAACUAUGGACGCUAUAUUAAACAGGGCUUUACCUGGUCAGGUAACAGUGGUCAGGACAAACUCUGGGACAUACCUGUAAUUGAUCUCUUAUGUAUAUUCUGAUGUCCUAGGGUCAGGAGUUUCCUGGCCAUGUUUAUGACUUGGCUGGGAAAGACUAGGGCCAGAGUUGUUCCUGUUGAAGUCACGUAUGGGUCAUGAAAAACGUGUGACUCUUUAUUAAAUACAAAUACAUAUUUCAUUAUUUUAUAUAUAUUUUAUUUUAUUUUAUUUUUUUCAGAUUGGGCUUCAAGGCAUCCCUAAUUCAUGGAAGACGAAGACACUACGGUACAACUCUCUACUGGAACACUCCAAAAAAGUGACUGAACGUUAUCACCAAAUGUAAUCGAAUUACUUCUAUGACUGCUAUAUAUUCACGUUCUAGAUGACCACGUAUGUAAUGUAACCUCACUACCAACCGUUUCCGCUGUUAGGAGUCGUCAUCCCACCGUUCCCCUCUGUCUAUACACCUAUUAGACUACCAAACGCAUGAAGUGGAAUCAUCUUCACGUGACUGAUGCACUUUGACAGAACAUUCAAUGAAAGUCCCAGCCUAAACUAGUUCUACUACUGGGUUGGAACUGGAUGCUCAUGAUUCUGUUGAGUCACAACACGUUGUAUGAAAGAUGUUUCUGCUUGUUAUGUUCAAUGAAGGCAUUUUAUUUCUAUAUUAAAGCCAUCCUUAUAAACACUUACUCUGUGACUUGAUGUUUGUAUCCCUACCGUUGCUAGGGGAGAUGCUUGUGGAGUAAUGUGAUGAUUGAUGACGACGCAGAUGCCUAAGGAAAGGUCUGUGGUACAAGUGGGUUUAACGUGAGGUGAAAUGUAGGUUAAAACGCUCCCUCAUUAGAUAUCCACUGACCUAAAGCCCAGUCUGUUAAGUCAAUGACCCCCAACUCCUUACCACAGGAUUACACUGUAGUCUCUCUGAGAUUAAACCAUGUUAUUUUUCCUAAUGUUUAGAGAACAUUCCCAGAACAUUCCUACAUUUUUUUAAAACAAGAACAUAUUGGCCAGAACCACCCUUCCUGGACACUGUCCAUUUCAAUCUCUGAACCCGUACACACAAGGUGAAUUUACGAGCACACGUGGGUGCAUGCACGCUCACACACUCGCGCGCACACACACACACGCAGCCAAAUCAACACAUCAUUGCAAUGAUAUGAGUCACCCAAUGAACUGUAGAUAGAGUAUGGCAUGUUCAUGUCAUUUCCUGUAUUUUAUAAAGCUUUUUAAAAAACGAUUCAACAUGGGCUUUUUUUUUUUUUUUUCCUGCCUAAGACCCUCUCUCACCACAUCUGACGCAGAAAAGCUUUUUAUUCAUUAAUUUUUCUCCAGAAUUGAUUAUGGAAAUGCAGUAUUUGGGGGGGCCAAAUUACAGCUCAUCCAAAACAGUGCCGCGAGAAUUUCGUCAAACAUUCUCCUCCUUGUCUACAAAUCCCUGAAUGGCAUUGGACCUGCCUACCUGUCAGACCUACUCUCCCCCAUAUGAACCUCCACCCACCCUACGUUCAAGCCACGCCAAACUGCUCAGUGCCUCCGGGACCCGGCUCUGAACAAUGGGGGACCGUGACCACACCUUUUGGAACUCCCUUCCUGACGAACUCGGGGCAGCUCAGACGGUAGGUUUUCAAAGCUGGCCUUCACACUCCUCUCUAAUGGCUGACCUUCCUCCUAGACAUUUUAGUUUUAUCUGUUAUUUUAUGCACUUUGAGAUUAUUCCUGUAUAAUUUAAAAGUGCUUUACAAAUGUUGUUAUUAUCUCUGGGGUUAUUGUCUCAGUAAUAAGUAGGAAUUAUUGUGACUGAUUUUUGAUUUCAGUUUUUCUAUUAAUUUCCUAUUUUGUCCCCCUGCAGAACUACAAAUCCAAUAAAUCCAUGCAUCAAGAUAACUCUAUAGGGUCUAGUUAGUACUGCUAACUCUAUAGGGUCUAGUUAGCAGUACUAACUCUAUAGGGUCUAGUUAGCAGUAUUAACUCUAUAGGGUCUAGUUAGCAGUAUUAACUCUAUAGGGUCUAGUUAGCAGUAUUAACUCUAUAGGGUCUAGUUAGCAGUAUUAACUCUAUAGGGUCUAGUUAGCAGUAUUAACUCUAUAGGGUCUAGUCAGCAGUAUUAACUCUAUAGGGUCUAGUUAGCAGUAUUAACUCUAUAGGGACUAGUUAGCAGUAUUAACUCUAUAGGGUCUAGUUAGCAGUAUUAACUCUAUAGGGUCUAGUCAGCAGUAUUAACUCUAUAGGGUCUAGUUAGCAGUAUUAACUAUAUAGGGUCUAGUUAGCAGUAUUAACUCUAUAGGGACUAGUCAGCAGUAUUAACUCUAUAGGGUCUAGUUAGCAGUAUUAACUCUAUAGGGUCUAGUUAGCAGUAUAACUCUAUAGGGUCUAGUUGCAGUAUUAACUCUAUAUGGUCUAGUUAGCAGUAUUAACUCUAUAGGGUCUAGUCAGUAGUAUUAACUCUAUAGGGUCUAGUUAGCAGUAUUAACUCUAUAGGGUCUAGUUAGCAGUAUUAACUCUAUAGGGUCUAGUUAGCAGUAUUAACUCUAUAGGGUCUAGUUAGCAGUAUUAACUCUAUAGGGUCUAGUUAGCAGUAUUAACUCUAUAGGGACUAGUCAGCAGUAUUAACUCUAUAGGGUCUAGUUAGCAGUAUUAACUCUAUAGGGUCUAGUUAGCAGUAUUAACUCUAUAGGGUCUAGUCAGCAGUAUUAACUCUAUAGGGUCUAGUUAGCAGUAUUAACUCUAUAGGGUCUAGUUGGCAGUAUUAACUCUAUAGGGUCUAGUUAGCAGUUCAGUUUGUUUACCAAAGUGAUCUACGUCCUGUCUCUCUCUUCUCUGUGGUUCUGAACCCAACCCCACAGCUGAACUGACUCUUGAAUGUUCUUCCAGAGCCGGAUCCACAGCUGAUAGAUGUGGCCAAACACCUGGGCAACCUGCAGUUCAGAGUCUGGGAGAAGAUGCAGGGGAUUGUGAAAUACAGUGAGUAUCAUUUUACUUACCAUGAUGAACAAUUUCCUUUUAUUUAUGAUAUUUUUACCCCAAACAGUAAAACACUAAUGCAUUCAGACAAACAGGAGGAAAACGUGUACUAUGAUAUUCUUUAAAUAAUCUAUUAACAAACAAUUAUAUGUUGUGGUAAAACAUUUUUUCUUUUUAUAGAUCAACAGUAUGAAUAUUGUUUUUUAAAAGCAUUUAAAGUUCAAAUCAAUUAAAUGUUUUUCCUCUCUCCUGGUGUCAGUCCUGACUAGUUCUAAUCUCUAGUUCUGUCUGUUCAGCUCCUGUGAUUCUGGACCCACGUCUCGUCCUGUCUGACCUGUGUGGAAGCUCUGACUAG